CUGGAAAGCUCCGCCCACCAACGACUCGUCUCAAACGGACCACACAUUUUCACGGCGCCAUUUUCUUCAUGUGGAAUGACUGCGGGAGCAUGCUGCUUAAAGCUAAACUUGGAGAUGUCCAAAAAUUUGUCAGAAUAACUGAGCCAAAUCUGAAAGACUUUUUGAUUGCAGCAUUUGCAAAGUUUGGUGUCCCAGCUGUAACAGAAGGUGUGAAAGUUGUUGACAGUUCAGGGACUGAAUAGGAUGAUGAUGUUUUUGAGAAUAUUAUAAAAGAUCCCUCAACUGGGGUGCCAACCAUCAAAUAUGACUCAGAAUCUGACUCCAUGGUGGCCUCUUCCGAGCAAUCCCAACCAUAAUCCCUUGAUGACUCUGAGGAUACAGUCAUUAUUUCAGAUAGCCCCUCCAGAAAACGCCAGAGGCUGGAUACAGAAGCCAAGCAAUUGGUGGAAUCAGCUCUUACCAACAAACCUGGUGGGGAACGUAUAAUAAAUGAAUACAACCGAACCAAGUCCUUGACGGAUGAAACAAGACGUAAAAUGGUGAACAUGCUGGCAGCUGACAUGACCGAAAAGAAUGGUACAUCUCCGCCCAGACAGGUGAAAGAAAUGUAUGCCAAAGGAAUAGUGACCUUAUUCCCGUACCUCAGUGACCCAUUCUCUAAGAAUGGCUAUGAGCAUUAUUAUGAUGGCGAGAGUGGAACUGGGUACUUGGCCUGGAGGAUUAAAACUAUUCAGAGAGGCACCGCCAAAGACAGGUGAUCAUCAUUCGGAGAAUCGGCCAAAGGAUCAUCUGGUGAAGACAUGUCUGGAGGGCCGACUGUCAGACGAGAAUCCCAGUUUGUUCCAGAGACUGCCCUGACUGAUGAUGAGUGCAACGAAGCAAUGAAAACAUUGUGAAUGAAACAUUCUGCUGAUGCGUGUAUCGCCGCAAAAUGAUCCUCGACCCCCAGCAGUCAAGCAACAUACUGUCUGAGUUUCCACGUUUUAAAGACGUCAAAAGCUUUGGUUAUUAUGUUAUUUUGAAAAUACUAUGACAAGUGAAUUGUUUUGUAAGACAUUGUAGUGAUACUAGCUAGCUAAACUAGCACCCAAUACAUUUUGAUUGGCUGUCAAAUAACUGAAAUUUAACUUUUGAGAUUUGACUCAGCCCUGUGGAUGUUUUAGUUGGAGAACUUCUUGUGAUAUAAAACUGCUGUCUGUCUGGGGGGUCUUUUGUAAAGAAAACAACGUAACUGAAGUGUGUUAACAUUGAACUUGCGUUGUUACAGGUUGGGACAGUCUUUGUCAUCGGUUUUAUAGCUGCUACACCUGAUUCCACCCUCCGCUCAGGGUUGGAAGAGACCAGGAAAGGUUUCCGCAUCCCAAGCAGAGAAACAUCUUGUGGUAUUCAAGAAGACUGGAACAAACAUUCAAGAGCAUCUCGAUGCCAUCACUACUAGCACUCAGCCCUAUCUCCUAGCUGUUGGAAUUAAGAAGAAUGCAAUCCACCAGUUCUUCAUCAUUAUCGACAAGAAUGCCAUACCUUGCAGGUCAACCUCUUCUCUUGUUGCUUUUGACGAACUAUUUAAGGCACAUUUAGUGUUUGGCACAUCCUACAACACCAUGCUUCACAACAUGUACACUUUCAUUCAAACUCCAGUGUACAACAUCGAUGCUGGUAAGGUCAAAGAGAGUCCUCUUGUUGCUGAAGUCAGGGCGAGGUUACUUCAUUAGUGCUUGAAGUUUCUCCUCGAACAUGAAGUGUUUUGUUUGUCAAGCUGAGUUAUCGAGUUCAAAUAUGCUUGUUAGGCAUUUACGAUUAGUUCACGGUUACUUACCUGGAAAAAAUCUCCGCUUAAAUGUGCUCAGACUGGAUGUGGCUGUGCGUUUGGUACGUUUUCUGGUUUUAGGAAACAUUUAAACACAAAACACACUGAGUAUAUUGACCAACAGGUUGACCCUGAUGUUUACUUAAGCAGCAUUGGAGAGGCAGUGACCACUAAUGUAGAGGAGACAGCUACAACGUCACGGACAGUUAAUGAACACAAGGUAGCCACAUCUACUCCGUUGAAAAUAUCCAACAGUAGCUGGAUUAGGUCAAUCUACUGUAAAUAGUUUUGUUUCCUCCAUGGAAGAAGUUUUUUUUGAGAACCCCUUCACACCCUUAAAUUCAGAAGCUAAACGAAAUAAACACUUCAAAGAGAAAUGGGGAAUCGUAGAACCUGUUGAAAAGGUGCUUGGCACAAGAUUUGACAGCAGAAGAAACAAAACAACUGGGACAUACGAUCAGGUCGUUGUAACUGACAGGUUUGCAUAUAUUCCUAUUUUAGAAACACUAAAGGCAAUUUUUCAAAACCCAGAACUUGCAGACAUGUUCAAGCCCAGGCACAUGCCCAAGGAAGGUGUGUAUGCAGACUUGAGAGAUGCCGCCUAUUUUAAAAAAAGUCCCUUAUUCCCUAUAGAAAAAGCCUUACAGAUCCAGCUAUUUUAUGACGACUUUAAAACAGCAAACCCCUUGGGGUCUAAAAAGGGUAUACACAAAUUAGGUGCAAUAUACUUUACAUUAAGGAAUUUUCCCCCAAUCUUUAAUUCAUCAUUGAUAAAUAUUCAUUUGUGUGCUCUUUUCCAUGCGCAGGACAUCAAGCGUUAUGGUUUUAAUUUGAUACUUGAGCCACUUGUCAGUGAUCUAGAUAAAGUACUCGAGACAGAGGGACUUAAAGUUCCCAGAUUGAAAGAUGUGAUUCACGGUACCAUAGUUCAGGUCACUGGUGAUAAUCUUGGGUUGCAUGGUUUGUUUGGCUUUGUGGAGUCAUUUGGGGCAAGGUAUUGUUGUCGUUUCUGUCUCCUUGAGAAAGAUUGUUUUCAAACUGUUUUCUGUGAAGAUGAUCCAGAAGUUGUACUAUGAACUAUCCAGAUGCACUGUCAAACUUUACAAACAGAUCCUACACUACCUCAUAUAUAUGGUGUCAAACGCAUUUGUCUGUUGAAUUCACUACAGCAUUUUAAUACAGCCAACAAUUUUUCUGUAGAUAUAAUGCACGAUAUCUUAGAAGGAGUUGCUCAGUUUGAAGUCAAACUUGUCCUGCAGUACAUUAAGGAAAACUUCCUAAAUGCUGAACAACUGGCUGGUAGAAUACAUGCUUUAGACUAUGGAUACAAUCAGCAGCGAAACCGUCCACCUAGAGUAAAGUUGUUUGAUGGAAGUAAUGAUUUGGGGUUGAAUGCUAUACAUUCUUGGUGCUUAUUACGUAAUAUGCCUUUGCUAUUUGGUGAUUUAAUACAGUCAGAUGACCAGCACUGGCAUCUUCUACUUUUGCUUCUACACAUUGUUAACAUUGUAUUUUCCCCAGUCCUUACAGAAGGCAUGACCAUUUACCUCAAACAUUUAAUCAUUGAUCAUCAUCAGCUCUUCAAGCAGUUGUUUCCUGCAAUCAAUCUCUUACCAAAGCAUCACUUCAUGAUUCAUUACCCUCGUAAUAUAAAAAACAUCGGCCCAGUUCUGCACAUGUGGUGCAUGUGUUAUGAAGCUAAACAUAAUUUUUUUAAGAAGCAAUUAAAAAGCUUUAAAAAUGUAACAAAAACAUUAGCCAAAAAGCACCAAAGUUGUAUGGCAAUGUAUCGAGAGUCCUUUAGUAAGGAAAGAUUAACUUUAGGUUCGGGGAAGAUGGUGACACUUAGUGAGCUCAAAGAAGGUCCCGAGAUUGCUUUCAAAUUUGGGUCUGUAUUAUCUACAAGUGUGUUUUCUGCCAAGUGGAUCAAACAUCAUGGUACAGAGUACCGCCGUGACAUCAUUAUCUGUACUGAGGUAGCAUUUGAGAUGCCUGUAUUUUGUAAAAUCAAAAUUAUUGCUGUGAAAGAUGACUGUGUAUUGCUCUGUGGAAAACUGAUGGAAACUGUGUGUUUUGAUCACCAUUACUAUGCCUUUAAGGUCAGGAUGCAUCCAGACAGGGUUCAAAAGGUGAUCAACAUUAAUGAACUGUGUUACUUUAAACCUUUUGAUGUUCAAAUGAAGUAUGGAAUGACAGAUUCCUCCUUGUAUGUUGUUCCCUAUUGCCAUUUUAUGGAAACCUAAGGUCAAUGUUUUAAAAAGGGAUUUGUAUACUUAAUGUAUUUUAGCCUGACAUAGUUGAGCUGAUAAU